GUCAGUCUUCGUCCAACGCUCGGCGAGUGAGCACAUCGCGCUAGUGCAGUGUUUGUGCUUUUCACUUAAUUUAUAUCGAAAAGUUUUUUUAAGACGUGCUCCCGGAGCCGCGAGUUUUUUUUAUUGUUGGAGAAACAGUAAUGUCCACAAAGCAGUAGACAGCAAUCAAAAUGGCAAGCGCUGGCGCAGUUCUCUUGGAGGCUAGGCCUUUCAGGCCCUUCAAGUCCUCCGAGGAGUACCUGUAUGCCAUGAAAGAGGACCUGGCCGAGUGGCUGACUGUCCUUUACCCUGAGCUCAGAAUCAACGCCGAUAAUUUCCUGGACAGAUUGGAUACCGGCGUCGCUUUGUGCAGGCACGCUAACGCCGUACGCGAAUCAGCUAGACUCAUCCUUGACGCACCUGCUCCUGAAUCUGAUGAUGCCUUGACCCUAGCGAAGGCGCUGCGUUCUAGACCACCAGUCAACAUGCUCCCUGCUGCUAAAGCAGGAACGUUUUUUGCAAGAGAUAAUUUAUCAAACUUUAUUGACUGGUGUCGCAGAGCACUCGGUAUUUUGGAGUGCCUUUUAUUCGAAACCGACGAUCUAUGUCUUCGUAAAAACGAAAAGCACGUCGUUUUAUGUCUUUUAGAAGUAGCCAGGAAAGGAGCCGUUCUUGGAAUGCCAGCUCCUCUCCUCGUACAAAUGGAGAAGCAAAUCGAAAGAGAAUUGGCUGGGGAAGAAUUAAGACCGGAUGAUUCAGCUCUAGGCCUUGUACCCUCCGGCCCUCAGCCGCAGCUGGUGACAAAUGACUUGAGGAGUCUUGACGAGAGAGUAAGAGAUUUGGUUGAGAGGUGCUCCUGCCCCACUCAGUUUCCUAUGGUGAGAGUCUCCGAGGGCAAAUACAGAAUUGGAGAUACGAGGCUUCUGAUUUUCGUCAGGAUUUUACGCUCCCAUGUCAUGGUUCGCGUUGGUGGUGGCUGGGAUACACUGGCCCACUAUCUGGACAAACAUGACCCUUGCCGCUGCCGUGCUCAGCAUAGAACAUCCCUCUCAGCCCGCUUGGCUAGACCCAAGCAGGAUCUUGCUGGAGCUACUGUUACAUACGAACGUUCCGACCCUAGCCAAACAUCCCAGCCAUGCAAAGAUUAUAAAGAAACAAAGAAUUAUGAGCCAAUGUCGCUCCAAUACUCUUCCAAAUUAUACAGUGACGAUCCUAGAGCUGGUCAUUACCAAUCCAACUGCAAACUGGACGCUCCUACAAGUUUACCAUAUUUAGGAGCUAUGGAUCGUGCUGCCUCCCCAAAUAGAAAGAUUCUGCAAAGAAACAAUAGCCCUGGCCGGCAUUCCUCCUCUCCAGAUCGCAGAACUAAGAUCGUGACCACAAACCAUUUGGUGCCUACGCCUCAUGGCGUAAGAAAUAAAAGUCCGCGCCCCCUGUCUCCUGCUCCGGCAGCGGAAAGCGCUUCAGACAACGGGUCCGAGGUCUCUGACGAAGGUUACAGAAGCCUGGGAGUGGUAGCCGGCUCUACUCAAGGGUCGCCAUCAAACAAAACAGCAAAUCGAUACUCACUGCACAGUCAGAAUUCCAUGGAUGACGCUGAUUUUAGUGAGCGUCUCGACGAGGACGGCUGUCAAAUAGAUAAAAACGAACGAGUUGAUGACUACGUCAGCCUCAAUACUGGAUUGCGCAAGACAGAUUUCUCUGACACAUUCUACGGCAGCAGGAAGAACAGCUCAGAAGACAAAUCCAACAGAGCCAGUCCUGAAUGUAUAGUAGUACACGAAAACAACGACUCACCGAGCAAGAGCCUAAGACCGACACGAGAAUCAACACAAUCACCAGCGAAGGCAAUCAGAAAUAGACCUGCUAGCAGGAUACCACACUCACCAGUUAGGAACAGAACACCAAGCAGAGGCAACACUCCCAGUCCCAAGCAUAUCGCUAAUCCACAAUCAUCACCAAAAUUGGCACCAAAAUUACCACCUACCAGCCGGAACACAUGGGGAGGAAGAUCAGCUCCAAAUCAAGCCAAAGCCAAAACACGGCCAACUGUCGGAGCGGAUACUUUUGAAAAUCCCAACAAAUCUCCAAAAGCGAAGCCAAAAGCUCCGCAAAAUGAGGCCUUUAAACGGAACUCGCCUCUUCGGGCGAGCAGUGCAACUUUAAGGUCUCCCACUCACCAAAAAGCUUUAAGCCCUCUGCUCGAACAGAUCUUGAGAUCUGCAGAAUCAGCUAAAGAUGACGCCUCCGUUUUGGAGAAGAUGAAGGAAAUAAUUAGGUCUUAUUCUAAAGGCGAGGACUCGAUAUCAAGAACGAGUUCAAAAGAUUCUGACUACGCAGAUUUCACGUCGGCUUGGGUGAUGUCUGAUGGAAAGUUAGAGAGAUCUACAAGCACUAGGCAAUUAGCUGCACCCAGGAAGGAUCCAAGGACCGGUGCAUCCAGGAUACCGGCUCCUGUGUCGCUGGGCUGCCGACGGUCAACCUCUACCUCGCAGUUCCCUUGACGAGCUAGGAGUCAAAGACUGAAUUGAACUGUCGAAUCAGUGUUAGUGAGUUAGUGAGCUUAGUUUCGCUUAGUGUCUGAAAUUUUGUUUUUUUUAUUUUGAUAUUUACUCUUGAGUAUUUCCGUUUAUUGAUAUAUUUAAAUAUAAUAUUACAGAUACAUAUAUCUCUGUCAUAUCUUUAUCAAAUAGAUUCAUUAAUGGUAAUAUUACUCAAAUAAAAAUUAAUAUGAUUAUAAUUAGAGUAGAUUUAUACUAACAAUGACGAGAGUGGUUUAUCAUUCUGACCUAAAAAAAAAAAAAUACAUAGGUGACUUUAUGUUAAUAAUGUCACAGGACAAGUUAACAAAGAAAGCUAGAUGGUGCUACUUAUUACUUGGUUAUUUAGUUAGAUUUUUUUUUUAUAAUUUACGAAACAAUAAAAAAAAAAUGAUAUAAAAAAAUGCUAUAAUAAUUAAUAAUAACCAGCUAAGGUUUUAAUUUUGACAAGUUAAUUUAAGUUAUUUAAGUUCUAUUUAAUCCCGGUACGAAUAAAUUACGAGCAAUAAAUUCAAUAGCGCUGGGAGUUUUGGCAAUGAUUUUAUUAUCAGUAAUCUCAUUUUCUGUAAGUUAUUUUGGAUGGAGCUUAUGAAUUGGGGAGAACAAGCUGGCAAACAUAAUUAAGGAUUUUUAUAUAUAGAGAAAACGAUAUUUUGGUACCGUAGAAAAUAAUUAUAUUUUUCACUUUACAUUACACCCGUCCAAAUAACAGUUGUUUCGUACAUCAUAAAUAAAUAAUUUAAUUCAACAUUAAAUUGGUGUUCGAAGCGGCUCGGAACGGACAAAAUAUUAUAGUGUUCAAGCAAUAACAUUUUAACAUAUAUUUUUAUUGUCUACGCUGUGAGAAAAUCUCUUCAAAAACGCCAAGCUGUUAUUUGCAAAUGCUUAGAUAUUCACUGCACUUUAUAAAGCUCUGUCCGUGCAUAGAAUUUUUAACGAAUAUUUAAAAAAAAAAUUACAUUUGUAAUAUUUGCUAAAUAAGUAUGAUGAAUAUUUUUAGGUCAGGGGACUGUUACGUCUUUUUUGAACCGAAUCGUUUUAUAAUUAAUUUAUUAAACACCUCUGACAUCUAAAAAUAUUUAUCUCAUUCGUUUGAUUUUUCUAAUAUUUUAGUCUUUUAUUUGAAUCGUCAUUAAUACGAGACUAUAAUAUUAGAUCAAUGCGUUGCUUAGCUAAGUAUGAGGCUAAGAUAGUUCUUAAGUUCUUCUCCGUACGUUACCAGUGACUAUGCCAUAGAUUGUUAUUCACUGAAUAUAACAUUAAUAAACGUAA